CAGGGCCACCGCCGGGACUCGUGCUAACAGUACCAGUCACAAGCUUCAAGCUUUACAGUCGUUUGCAUAAUGGUUGUCGCAUGUGCGCGACGAGCGUCGAGCAUCUUGUUUGGCCUUCUUUGGCAAUGGCUGGCCCCGACGCACCCACCGGUCAGUCCCGUUACCUUUGCAGAGUGCGCAGAGCGGGCCCGUGUCAAUUUUCUCUCAACAUUGGCCACGGUAUCAAGAGCACCUAGCCUGAGCCCUCGUCACGAAAGAUGGAGAGUAUCUAGCGCAAUUCCAGGUAUUCCGGACGAGGGUUGCGGGUCGUCCUGCCGUGGCGGAUGUGGGGGGAGCCACAGCCGCUGGGAAAUGCGAAACGACAACCAUUUUGCCGAUGAUUGUAUGCCCAAAUAUACAGUGACCUUUAGUUGUGAAUUCAUGCGUGUCCGGUGACUUUUCUCACUCGUUUACAGAGCCUUCCUUUCGAUACCAUGGGCGAAGAAUUGCUGCAAGUCACCGACCCGAGCCUCUCGUACAUUAUACUGGGAGGCUUCGUAGUCAUUGUACGUAUCUCAGUUCCGCCCUGUGCCCCGUAGCAGCCUCCUCCAAAGCGGUGUUUACCGCCGUCUGAGCAGUAAUCGCUGUUGACUUACGGCAUUCAUAGUUUAGCAUGGUGUCGCUGCUUGU